GACGGUCUCGGCGCGGACGUAGAGUACAAAUCGUGUUGGUUGUCAAUCGAACUGAAUAUGUCCUGGGACAUAACCGUAGCGAUUUUUAUCAUUAUUUACAGCUGUUAGAUUCGUAAAAAUAACAUACUUUGUCAAGUACUUUUUUCAUAUAAAAAUUGUGAGAAGGAAAGUGAACAAAAACAACAAAAAUGGUAUUCUGUGGGGAUAAAUCGAUGAGACGGCAUUUGAUACUAACUCUGCUGGGAGGAUUAUUCCUGAAUAGUGUGGCGUCACCGAUCCUCUCGAGGUUGGAGUCUGCGGAAAUAGGAAAUUCGUCGACGAUCAGCCUGGUGAAAUCGUCGGAUCAGCAGAAGACAUAUUACGCGGUGGUAAUAGAUGCGGGAUCGUCUGGCACUCGGAUACACGCUUUUACCUUUCAUCGAGGUCGAACGAAUAGCAAUUUGAUAUUAGACAAUGAAUUUUACAAAGCAACAGAGCCAGGAUUGAGCGCGUAUGUGGAUAAUCCUGAGGAUGCUGCUAAAAGUUUGUACGACUUGUUGGCUGGUGCCAAAGCUGUAAUACCGAAAACCGAAUGGUCGAGAACGCCAUUUUUGUUGAAAGCUACGGCCGGCUUGAGAUUAUUGCCUCCAAAAAAAGCGGAAAGAAUUUUAGAUGAAUGCAAAAAACUUAUUAACGUCUCAGGAUUCCUAGUUACCGAUGAUUCUGUAUCAAUACUGGAAAGCGACGACGAAGGAAUAUACGGCUGGCUCACUGUCAACUAUUUGAGUGAUCGGUUAUCUUACAAUAUUUCGAAAAAUACGUCCGCAGCUCUUGAUCUGGGUGGUGGAUCAACCCAAGUCACUUACGCUAAAAAUAAUUCAGGUUCACCAGACUUGGACAACCACAUUCACACUGUCAAUGUUUUCGGUCGAAAUAUUAGUGUGUACACUGAUAGCUACUUGGGCAUGGGUAUGGAUGCAGCACGGGUAACAAUCCUCACUUAUGGAAUGGAUCCAGAAGAAAUAAAGACUCUGAAAACCGUCGAGGUUCAUUCGGUUUGCAUCGAUCCUCAUAGUUAUAAGGAAUGGGACUACAGAGGUCAAAAGUUCAUUGUACAUGGGCCUUACGACCUUGUUGCUAAAAGCCAAAAAGAUUAUCUCUCUGAAUGUGAAAAAAUUAUUGACGAUUUGAUCUUCGCAACUGACAUGAAUCCUAUCGGCCUUGAGGAACACGAGGCUUACGCGUUUUCAGGCUAUUUCUGGACAGCUGCUGAGGCAGGAUUGAUAGAUGUCAAUGCUGGUGGAGAGGUAACGGUUGGUAGUUUUGAAAUGGCUGCAGAGAGGCUGUGCGGAAAUCCGAACCCGGAGAAAGCUUUCCAGUGCCUGGACUUGAAAUACGUGUCAGCUUUACUUGAACAAGGUCUGAGCUUGGAACCCGAGCAGAAAUUAUAUCUCUAUCGAGAUCUGAGAGGCCACGAGCUCAGUUGGGCUCUGGGUGCAGCUUUUGGUAUGCUGCGCAAUGGGAAAUAGACAGCGGGAAAGAUCAGGCGUCUAAUCCAAAAUGAACUUCUUUCGGCAUUCCUUGUAUUUGUAUACGAUGCAAUCUUCUUGUGUUAAAGUUUGUCAUAAAUAUACAGUCUAGAAUCAUUUAAGACAAUCGACUUUUUUGUUUCCAAAUCUCUUAUUUAAGGAAGUUGAGGCAUUAGAAUGAAAAUGAUGUCACCGCUUUUAAAUCGAUUGCAUCUUAUAAAGUGAAGUGUAAAAAAAAAUCAGUUAAAUUUUCAGACAGUUUAGGAGC